UCAUGAUCCCGCUGUCAUGUUCCGCAAUGCAAUUGCCUCGUUACUGUUUGACUUUGUGUUCAUGAGAUUUUCCGCUUAGCUUCCUAUAUCUUGGAAUUCACUCAUCUCUCCAACCCAAUCUGUUAACUCGCAUUUAGCAAAAAGGAAAGAAGCAAAGUGUGUUUGAUUUGAAUGGAGAAGGAAAACCGUUGUGGAUCGCAUCAGGGUCCGGUGACAUGUGGGUCGUGGAUCCGACGACCCGAAAAUAUCAAUCUAGUCGUCUUGGGAAGGUCGAGGCAUUGCGAUUCUUGCCCUUCUUCGCUCGAGAUUUUCUCCUUCGACGCCAAAACCUAUUCUCUAUCGACCUCCGCUUUGGUCACUCUUUCUGUAGAAGAGGAAGGAAAUCCUAUUGCUAUUGCAGUGCACCCAAGAAGAGAUGAUUUCGUGUGUUCCUUCACUAAUGGUAGCUGCAAAUUGUUUGAGCUAUAUGGUCAUGAAACUAGUAUGAAGCUCUUAACGAAAGAGUUACCCCCUCUGAAGGAUGUUGGUCAACAAAAAUGCAUUACAUUUAAUGUCGAUGGAUCUAAAUUUGCUGCUGGAGGGUUGGAGGGGCAUCUCAGGAUUUUGGAGUGGCCCAGCCUGCAUGUGGUUAUGGAUGAACCAAGAGCACACAAAUCUGUUCGGGAUAUCGAUUUUAGCCUAGACUCGGAAUUUCUGGCUUCAACAUCUAUGGAUGGUUUAGCAAGGAUCUGGAAGACUGAAGAUGGCAGUCCUUUGACUACAUUGUCCCGCAAUUCGGAUGAAAAGAUUGAACUUUGUCGAUUUUCUAAAGAUGGAGCCAGACCAUUUUUAUUUUGCACUGUCCAAAAGGGUGAGAAGGCUGUCACUGCAGUUUGGGACAUAAGCACGUGGAAUAAAAUUGGGCAUAAGAGGCUGCUUAAAAAGCCUGCUACAGUAAUGUCCAUCAGCCAUGAUGGCAAAUACCUUGCUCUGGGGAGCAAAGACGGAGACAUGUCUGUAACGGAAGUAAAGAAAAUGGAGGUGCGCCAUUAUAGCAAGAGACUGCACCUGGGUACAUGCCUUGCAACUCUUGAGUUCUGUCCUAGAGAAAGAGUUGUGAUCACAACCUCAAUGGAAUGGGGAGCGCAGGUCACUAAAUUGAAUGUUCCUGCAGAUUGGAAAGAGUGGCAGAUCUAUUUGCUGCUUGUAGGGCUCUUCUUAGCUUCUGCUGUCUUGUUUUACAUAUUUCACAAGAACUCUGAUUCCUUCUGGAACUUUCCCAUGGGACCAAAUCAACCGGCAAGACCAAUGUUUGAUCCAAGCUUAAGCAAUUCCCAAUUUUCUGAUGAUGAUCACAGUUGGGGUUCAUCAGAAUUGUGAGAGUACUUUCGAUAUGGUCUUCAAAGACUUUGGAGGUGGCAUCAAUUUCUGUAUAUGACAUCAACGUUUAAUCUCAUUCAAGUUGUAGAUUUAUGUAGUUGACUUGCAUUAUUGCAAUAAAAAUAUCUAGAAACUUUUUCUUUAAAAGCUUUUAGUAUUUUUAAGUUAACAAUGGUGUAUGGAUACUCAUUAAUUUAAAAUAGAAGCCAGCCUUCCCCAAUCUAUUAAAAUAACAUGACAUUGACCAUUUAACCGUUUAAGUUUCAAGGAUAAACAGGUUUGAUAGAUUGGCUUUUUUAAAAGCUAAUGAGUAUCCAUGUAUUAUUGUUAAUUUAAAAAUACUAGAAGCUUUUGAAAAAAAGUUUCUAUGUAUUUUUGUACUUUAAACCAAUAAUCAAUAGUUGCCUCUUGAACAAUUUUCAAACAUGAAUGAAGGUCAUUAUUAUGCAUUUUCUUUGAUUGUUAAUUUGAAUAGAGAACACUUGUAUGAAAUAAAUGAAUUAACUUGCU